GCCCAGACCCCUCCCUUCCCUGGGGCACCGCCCAGUUGGCCGCUAGAGACAGAGACGCAACUGCGCCUGGGGACAUGGAAGAGAUCCCAGCGUGGGAACCCGAGGCCUGGGGCUCCUCCGAGAGGUGGCCAGCACCCCGAGAGUCCAGAGCAGGCCCAUCGCUGUCCUCGGUGCUGAAUGAGCUCCCCAGUGCUGCUACUCUUCGGUACCGGGGUCCUGGGGUGCUGCCCUGGGGAGCACUAGAGGAAGGGGAUGAGGACGGAGAGAGGAGCAUCCAGGCCUUCGCAGAAACUGCCCAAAAGGAGCUGCAGGAACCACCCCCUUCCCGGGAACUACCCUGGCCCAUGCAGGCCAGACGGGCACACAAGCAGAGCCACGCCAGGGACCAAGUGGCUCAGGACUCUGGGUCCAGGGCAGCCCACUGGGCCCUGCUGCUUCGGAGGUCCAAGGAGAGGAUGCAAGAGGUCUUGCGCACCGUAGAGCCCUGGGCGUGGACGCUGAAGAAGAUCGGGGGCCAGUUUGGCGCCGGCACCGAGUCUUACUUCUUGCUGUUGCGCUUCCUGUUGCUUCUUAACAUGCUGACCGCGGUGCUGAAGGCCUGCAUGACAUUGCUGCCCACCUGGCUGGACGGGGCUCCCCCGAGUCCCCCUAGCCCUGACCUGUCCUCUCCCUGCGGCUCGUACAACCCCCACCCUCAGGGCCUUAUCUCCUUCUCCUCCCAGAUCUUCAGCCUCCUCUCAGGAGAGGGUUUUCUAGAAUGGUCCCCUCUCUUCUACGGGUUCUACCCACCGCGCUGGCGCCUGGCUGUUGCCUACCUGUGCUCCACUUUCGCCAUCGGCCUCCUCUCCUUGGUGCUUAUCCUGCAUCGCUCGGUGUCCGGCCUGAAGCAGACGUUGUUGGCUGAAUCUGGGGUCCUGACCAGCUACAGCCACCGGGUAUUCUCCGCCUGGGACUUUGGCCUCUGCGGGGAUGUCCACGUUCGGCUGCGCCAGCGCACCAUCCUAUACGAGUUGCAGGUGGAGCUGGAGGAAGCGGUGGUGCGGCGGCAGGCUGCGGUGCGGACCCUGCACCAGCAAGCCAGGGUGUGGUCGGUGAGGGUGCUGCUCAACCUGCUGGUGGUUGCACUCCUGGGGGCGGCCUUCUACGGCGUCUUCUGGGCUACAGAGUCCACUGUGAAUCUGCAGAAGAGGCCCCUUGUCCAGCAAAUGCCACUGUUAAAGCUCGGGGUGGAUUACCUUCCAUCCAUUUUCAUCGCCGGGGUCAACUUUGUGCUGCCACCAGUGUUCAAGUUCAUUGCCCCACUGGAGGGCUAUACCAGGAGCCGCCAGAUCGUUUUAAUACUGCUCAGGACUAUAUUUCUCCGCCUGGCCUCCCUGCUGGUCCUGAUCUUCUCUCUCUGGAAGCAGAUCACUUGCGGGGGCAAUGCAGAGGCUGAGAAGUGCAAAACCUGCGGCUACAAUUACGAACUUCCGUGCUGGGAGACUCGGCUGGGGCAAGAGAUGUACAAACUCCUGCUUUUUGAUCUGCUGACUGGCAUAGCAGUCAUGCUGCUCUUCCAGUUCCCUCGGAAGUUCCUCUGUGGCCUCUGUCCGGAGCCGCUGCGUCGUGUGGCAGGAACCCAGGAAUUCCAGGUGCCCGACGAGGUGCUAGGGCUCAUCUACGCGCAGACGGUGGUCUGGGUGGGGAGUUUUUUCUGCCCUCUACUGCCCCUGCUCAACACAGGCAAGUUCCUGCUGCUCUUCUAUUUGAAGAAGUUUGUCCUCUUCUCCAUCUGUUCCCCGGCCUCCCGCACCUUCCGAGCCUCCACGGCGAAUUUCUUUUUCCCUCUGGUCCUUCUCCUGGGUCUGGCCAUCUCCGCCGUUCCUGUGCUUUAUAGCAUCUUCCUGAUCCCACCUUCCAAGCCGUGUGGUCCAUUCCAGGGACAGUUGUCUAUCUGGGCCCAGAUCCCUGAGUCUAUUUCCAGACUCCCUCAGUCCACCCAGAAUUUUCUCUUCUUUCUGGGGACCCAGGCUUUUGCUGUGCCCCUUCUGCUGAUCUCCAGCAUCCUGAUGAUGUAUAUCCUGGCCCUGGCUAACUCAUAUGGACGUUUCAUCUCUGAGCUCAAACGGCAGAUAGAGACGGAGGCGCAGAAUAAAGUCUUCCUGGCACAGCGUGUUGUUACACUGAGCUCAGCCAAGGGGGUUCUUUGACCUCCCCAGCCUGGCUCAGGAUGAUGUCCCACUUUCAGACCCAUACCUGACCCCAGACCCCUUGUAAGCCUCGGCUACGUCAUCUGUAAAAUGGGAGAAGUGGAGAAGACUGCACUUCCUUCCAUCCCUGGUUUCUGAGAUUGCCAGGACCCUGAACCCCCUGAUUUUAGUAAAUCUCAUUCUUGUAUCAAUAAACACAGCCGAGGCUGCUGAGUGCUCUUUGAAACU